AUGUCCAACAGCAGCUCAGUAACUGAAUUUCUCCUCUUGGCAUUUGCAGACAGAUGGGAGCUGCAUCUCUUGCACUUCUGGCUCUUCCUGGGCAUCUACCUGGCUGCCCUCCUGGGCAGUGGCCUCAUCAUCACAGCCAUCGCCUGCGACCACCACCUCCACACCCCCAUGUACUUCUUCUGCUUCAACCUCUCCCUGCUCGACCUGGGCUCCAUCUCCACCACUGUUCCCAAAGCCAUGGACAAUUCCCUCUGGGACAGCAGGGACAUCUCCUACUUGGGAUGUGCUGCACAGGUCUAUUUCUUCGUUUUCUGUGCUGCAACAGAGUUGUAUCUUCUCACCAUCAUGUCUUACGACCGCUACGUUGCCAUCUGCAAACCCCUGCACUACGGGACUCUCCUGGGAAGCAGAGCUUGA